AAAGCACUCCACUCGUUUCUCUCAUCAUCGUCACUGCUCCCCCCUCUCCAACGUCGCCUGUCAGGCUCUUUGUCUCUCUCAUCCGCCCCAAUAAUUACCCCCUUCAUUCUGUUAUUCUGAGCUCUUGAACGAGUUCCAAAAGUACUCCUCGUCUUACCUCUUGAUUCUCGACGUGAAGCUCAAACAGAAGCCAACCGAUAUCUCGCCUUUCAGCACAACGUCCCAUUUAUCAUGAUCUUCGACUUUUCCUUCACGCCUUUUGCAGCAUUUGCCUUUGCGAGUCUUGUUGCUGCACAAAUUCCAACGAACAGUGGACCUAUAAAUCUAGACGCAGUGCACAAUGCGACCAGUAUCGCUGGCCAUUGGUCCACCGGUUCGAGAGCCGUCAAGACAGGUCCUGAUUUCGCAAACCCAAGUAACAUGUCAUUCAAGUAUCCCAAAGUCACUGGUGAAGCUUAUUCAUUCACGGAUGAUGGCUGGUUCGAAAUUUCACGGUAUCGCAUGGUCUCAAACGGCUCGGAACCCAACUGCAUAACAGCUGUCAUGUACUGGACACACGGACAAUAUGUCAUCCUUCCCAACGGUACCAUCAAUACAUUCCCGAACGGCGACGGUUAUCAACAAAUCCAAGAUCCAUGUGCUCCGGUAUCCAACAUUCUCGAAAACAUCAACAACAAUGAGACGUUCCCGCUUUGGAGGAUAUUCCAGGACGCCUCACAAGGUUUCAAACUUCACUUGAUUAGAUUCGAUGGAACACCGGUAGCACCUCUUUUCCAGGUCUCGACGGCGCCCAACAUGCUGCCUCGUCAGAAACUCAGAGAUGCUCCAGUUGCACCUGCAGGGACGGGAAGCACCAGAAGGAGGAGGUCGCUCUAUGAGACGGUCGUUAAGAGGAGUAAUGCUGGAACUGAGGACGUUGUCAUCCGUGGAUGGACGGUGCUGUCGAUCGGGGCUGCGGUUGUACUCGCCUUGUGUUCAUCGAUGAUAUAGAGCUUGGGUUACUUCGUUGUUCUGUGUUCGUUCACAUUGGACCAGGUCCUUGUUUCCCCCUUCCUCUGUAUACCCUCAGUCAAAGUCAACUCGCUUUCUUUACUUUAUUUCGACCUCGAACCUUUUGUCGACCUCACCCUACCUCCUCUCCGUUCAUCACAGAUUGAUUUUUUUAAUUCUUCUCGUAUAGUUGUAAACAGUUUCUUGAAUGGCAAGCCCUUAGACACUCGUUUGUUUUCCGUUAUCAUUCAUGCCUCUUGCUGCCUGCAUGCCCAUCCCGAGGCCAUCCCAGAUGGGCGGUCUCUGACCGACGCCGUGGGACUGAUGGUGCUGUGUAAUUUACAAUUGAAAAUAUCAAAAAACACUCGCUC